AUCCCCUUUCCUGAAUAUCAGCUCUAUCUCUCUCUGGAUCGUUCUUCUCUCUGGAUUGUUCCCUAUCUCUAGAUCGUUUUUGAUAAUAUUAAACUGCAGGAUUGAUGGCAACCAGCAAUUGACGAAACACUGAAACACUGAUGAACAGUCGAAAAUAGUGAACCGCCGGUUGAAGAAGAUUUCGGUAGCUGCACCAUCCCUCCCGCCCUCGUUGAAGACGCCACCAACCCAACCCAGCCCAGCCGCUCUUUGCUCUUCAGUUGAUUUACUCCGGUUAUAGCUGCUUUUGAGAUUUUUUUCAUCGUCCCCUGCUUAAGUUACUCUCUCUUCAGCUUCUUCAUAUGGAUGCGGAUGCUGCAAAAACAGCCCGGGAGUCUCUGGACCUAGCAUUUCAGAUGUCCAACAUUCUUGACACAGGGCUUGAUCGUCACACCCUCUCCAUCCUUAUUGCACUCUGUGAUUUGGGUCUCAACCCUGAGGCAUUGGCUGCUGUUGUCAAGGAGCUCCGAAAUGACCUCGGCCCACUUACACCACAGGAUGCUGCUCGUCAUGUUCCGUGAACAGGACCUUUUGGCAGAGAAACUAAUAUGCUUCUUUGGAGGAAUGAUUUACACGUCACUGAGUCUCUCUGUGUUCCUUUUGGGUUCUCCCAUACAACUGAUGGAUGGGUGUUGUACGUCCAUGCAAUUUUCCUGCUUUGGUUUGUGUGCGAGGGUGAACUUUGUAAAUUGCAGUCUUAUGAGCAGAAAGAAUUUGAUGUCUAGUUCAAGGUUGUAGUUUUUGAAAAUUUAGUGUUUCACUGGUAGCUCCUUUGUAUUUGACUCGUAUCAAACAGAUCUGUACCUUAUGAUUCAUGUGUGAUGGUGCAAGGCGAAAGCGUUGAAGAAUCCUGAGAGAAAAUAUUGCAAAAGAUUUG